AUGGCAGUGGCUGAAGGUUUCUUGUUGCUCGAGCGCAGUGGGGAGUGGGACGAAGUGUGGUCAACUGGUGUGGCUCAGGGAUCAUCAGAGUUGUUGGUUCGUACCACCAGUGGUGACGGUGACGAAUGGAUAUGGAGCCUGGUUCAAUGCAUCCCAGCUUCCAUCAGAAUUCCAGUGGGAAUGGGAGCAGGCAGGACUCCACCAGCCGGCAUAGCAGCAGCUACUGUCAAUUGGAUUUGUCCACCGGAGAAUGUCAACGUGAAGUGGGCACCAACUCAGGAUCAGAUCAAUGCCUUGAGACAGGAGGGACAACUGUUAGGUGUGCAGCUGGCACGUCAGGGGAUUCAGUCAUUUCCAAUCACUGUACCAGGGACGGGCAUGGACUUGGUGAAGCUGGAUCUCGGGGCAGUCGCUCCCGGAGGUGCUUUGGUGCAGCAACCAGCCGUGGCUGCAGGGGCUCUAGGCCCGGCAGGGGUAGCCGAUGGAGGGCAAGUGCGUCCAGAUCCGUUCAACAUGCAGUCACUGUCAGAGGCCAUUCAGGAGCUGAAGGAGAUGUCUCGUUCCACCAGGAGCAGCAGAUCCAGUUCGAGCAACAGCUCGGGCCCUCUGAGAUGGAGGGACAAGGCAAAGUCCCGGAAGCUGGACUACGACGAGGUGCAUGCCGUGGAUGCCCAGAAGUUCAAAAGGAAAGGAGAACUUCUGGCCUAUGCGACGAAACAUCCAGGAGCUCUGAGUGCCCACUUUUUGGCGUCAAUUUAUGCCAGAUUGUCAAAGGGACGGAUGACAAAAAGUUCCCAACUCAGGGAGGCGAAUGUUGUUCAGUGGGCCAGCCAGCAUUCAGGCUUGACCGAGAUCCGAGAUGUUCGAGAAGUUCUGACUCUGGCAGAAGCGAUGGACUGCAUCAACAGACGGGAGAUCUCAAGGGCAAUGGACGUAUUGGCACAGCGCAUUCUUGCCAUCCAGCAGGCCAAACGAAAGGGAGGCAGUUGGGAAAAAGCAGAGUGCAUAGACCAGCUCGAGCAUGCUGGCUCUCACCAACUAGCAGGUCGUUUCAGGAAGGCUGUGGCUCGCUGGCAGGGUCGCAAUGGUGCUCCUGUCAGCGGGACACAGUUUCUUUGCAUGGUUUUCACUUCAGUUGAACAGAUCUUUGCUCAUUCUGGUUCUGUUCAUAGUUUUGGACUGUAUCUCUGGAAUUUGGGUGCGAGUCAAUCCAAGCUGAAGAGAAACUUAGAAUUCGGUGUUGGUUUUCGUAAAGAUCAUGAUCGUGGAUACAGCUUGCAGCAUGUUUUCCCCUUGCCUCCUAUGAUAAACAAGGGCAAAGUGGAGAAGUAUGUCAUGGGCGAUUUGUCAGCUGGUGAUCAUCUGCUGGUUGCUCGUGGCUGCAACAUUGUACAGGCGUUGCUCAACAUGCUGUAUGGGGGUCGUGGAGGCCGAAGUACCUUUGUGACGGCUGCCCAACAUCGUGUCCAGACCCGGUUGAGGUCCGGUUGGGAAUCCAUGAUGGUGGAUUUCAAGCCCCAGGAUCUAGGAGAGAUUCAGGAGUUUUUGAAGCACAGUCAGCAUUAUGCUGGAGGUGGUGUAGCGAUCCCACUUGGCGAGAGGGGCGGAGUGCCAGCCUCAGCAGCCACAGUUGAUUUGCAAUCAUUGUUCCAACAUGAUCAUCCACAGUUUGCACAACAAGUCAUGGAACCGUCAGCUCUUUUGUUGCCGUCCAGACUGCGUCCGAGAAGGGUCAAGCGUGGUCAUACCUGGUUGCAUAAGAGCUAUCCUAUGUUGGUUCGCAAGAACGUGAAGACGGGCUUGCAUGUGCUGAAACGUGAGUCCCAGGUGGCCAAACAUCGUGGGGUGCUUUGCCUCACCGGUGCCUUCGCAGUUCCCAAGGACAUUGACGAGGACAGGGUUAUCACUGACCCUUCUGUUAAUCAGUUGAUCGAUCCUUUGAAGUUGCCUAGGCCGCGAUUUGCGUAUAUCCCUAAGCUAAGGGUGGUCAUGGUUCCAAAAUCUGGCAAGAUUCUUGUUAGUAAAAGGGAUGCCAGGCAUUAUUUCCAUUCUCUGCAAGUCGGUAAGAAGUGGCAAAAAUGGUUGUGUGGGCCCCCAAUAGUGCUAGACAAUGGCCAGCGGCGUUAUCCUGCAAGCAGAACGGCUCCGAUGGGAUUCGGGCCUAGUGCUGGAUGGGCUCAGCAAGUCACUGAUAUGGCCACGGAUGAUAGUCACAUGCCUGCUGAGAGACGUCUCCAUCCAGAUAGAUUUGCACCGUCAGAGCUUCCAAUUUGGGGGUCCAUCUGUGAUGACAUCUGGGCAUUGGAGCAUGCAGGACGGAACGAUCAACCACUUGUUGGGCCUCGUUGGCUCAGCGAUGCAGAGGAGGCAUGGAAGGGUUAUGGUGUUCAUCCUAACAGCAAAAAGAGUGUCAAUGCUGAACCAGGACAUGAAGUACAGGGUGUUUAUGUUGAUCCUGAUGAGCAUUGGGUGGGCGUGAACAUGGCAAAACGUCAAUCACUUUUUCAAGCCACAUUUCACAUACUGGCACAACAUAAGGUUUUGUUGGGUGAUGUUGAGAGACUGGUUGGAAAGUUUGGGUACAGUCAUGCUUGUCGUCCUGUGAUGCGUUCGGUAUUUGAUGUCACAUAUGGUUGGUUGGAAAAACAGCGACAGAGCAAAACCCGCAGAAUUCAGAUCCCUGACGACGUAUGGACAGAGAUUUUUAUGGCGGCGAUGCUAUUGCCUUAUUGUCAGUUCAAUCUUUCAGCUCCAUUUAGUUCAAGGGUCGAGUGCACUGAUGCCAGCAUGACAGGUUUGGGAAGAGCUUGGGCAACUAUGCCUCCUGACCUUGUGCAACUCAUGGCGCAACUCAGUGAUCACAAUGGGGUCUAUACCAACUUAUCGUUACCAUAUGGGAUUGGGUUGACAGAAGAACACACUUGUCCACUACGGCGUUUGCAAUUGCCGCGUGAUAGAUUCCAUUGGCACAAGAUUGGUGCUCCAUCCCGGCCAAGGUACAUUUUCCUUGGUGAGGCAGAUGCAGCUCUGUGGUGUGCAGAGGACCGGCUGCGUAGGCCGGUGGAUGAUGGCUGCAGAUUUGUGCAUCCUAUGGACAGUGCAUCAUGCGUGGGAGCUUUUUGCAAGGGCCGCUCAGCAAGUCAUCUAUUAAAUGUCAGAUGCCAGCGUAUGUGUGCAAUAUGUACUGCUGGAGGUCAUGAGGUCUUUUACCCGUGGGUACCGUCAGGCGACAACCCUGCGGAUGAGCCAUCGCGCCGAUUUGAAGGUGAGGCGCAUCAAAUUGAGGGAUCCUCCUCCAACAUUACAUCCAUGUUGCACUCAAGUCAGCAGUUGGCAUCAGAUGAUUUGCCAGCAAUCGAAACAGUGAUGCUGGAUCCAUUUACUUUGAAGGGUUGGGCUGGUGGUGAGAAGGUCUUUGUGCAUCUGUGCUCAGGUGCUUCACGGGACGAUGAUCUGGUGAGCUGGGUUGAGAGGCUGGCUAGCGACCAAGGCUUUCACUUAGUUGGCUUGAGAGUUGAUCCAUUGUGUGCAUGGGCGGAGAAUGUUGUGCAAGAUGAAUUUCACUGUCAUGAUUUACUCAACAUGGAGCAUGGGCAUGCGUUGCUAAGAUUAUUUCAUAGCAGAAGGGUUGUGGGUGUAUUUGCUUCUCCUCCUCGUUCCACUUUUUCAGCGGCGAGACAUCGUCGAUUGAAGCCGGGCACUUGGGGUCCUAGACCUUUGAGAUCUAGGGCGGAUGUCUGGCGUCCCCUCAAAAACUUGCGGCCGAAGGAGGUCUUGGCAGUGGCUAUCGGAUCAGUACUGGCUCUGCUGUGUAUCGGGCUUCUGGGGGAGGGCAGAAUGUUUGGAGCUUGGGUAGGAUUUGAGCAUCCACAUGACCGCGGCAGAGAUCCAUUCCCAUCAGUGUUUCGCAGCAAUUUGUGGAGCGCCUUAGGCAUGCACACAUACAUGGUUACCAGUGUCCCUAUGCUCCGCGUCUCAACGCUUUGGAUCAGCACAUGGGUGUUGAUCCUUGGGCUGGCGCAGUCAGUACAGCUUGGAAAUGGCCAUCCCCGAGUCGAACGUUUUUUGCUGAGUGCCUUGAAAGAUGUCACCAAGGCAAAGUAUCAGCAAGCGAUCGACCUCCUCAAUCGUGAGUUGCAAUCAACUGGUGUCGAUUGGAGUGGGAUGAGUGAAGAGCAACAAGAUUAUUUUUUAGCUGAGUGGCUGAUUGAUGGGUAUGAACAAGGAUUUGGUCGAUCCGACUAUGGGUCAUUACUGUCAGCUUUGGGUCGCAUGUAUCCACGCUGUAAAUACAAGAUUGCCUGGAAGGUUUUUGAUGUUUGGGGGUCAUUGCAGCCGCCGCAACAAGCCGCUGCAGCUCCCCCGGAACUUGUGACAGCAAUGAUGGUAGCCUCUUUUGCACUUAACAGAUAUCCUCUUGCUAUAAUUAUUUGCAUAUGUUAUGCUGGACUUUUACGAGUCGGUGAAGCUUUGCAACUGAAGUGGAAGGAUGUGUUUGUGGGUGCAGGGGGUCUCACAUUGUGUCUGGGCAAUACAAAGCGUGGCAUGGAACAGAAGGUGGUUAUCACAAACACGUUGGUGAUACAAUGGUUCAUGCGUUUCCAGCAAAUUACAGGGUGGGAUGACAAAGAGCAUUUAGUGUUCAACAUGUCCUAUGCUUCUGUUUUACGCUGGGUUAAGAAGCUGGCAUCCAUGUUGCAGGCAGAGGGCAUUUCACUUACCACACAUUCAUUUCGCAGAAGUGGGGCGUCAGAGCUCAGUCGCCGUGGCGUCCCAAUUGCCGACAUUAUGCUGUUUGGCCGUUGGCUGUCAGAUAGGUCAGCACGUGAAUAUAUUCGCAAAGGAGAGGUUGCGAUUUUGCGUUCCAAUCAGCUCUUGGGGCCUGCAGUGCGUGAUGUGUGGUUGCGAUGGUGCAAGUUGGUACCACAUGUAUGGCUGUUGCAGAAAUCAUUGUCACCUAUGGACGAUCCAGUUAAUCUUACUCGUGUGACGACUGACUCAUGUGGCCGCUUGCAGAGUUUUCUGUUUGCGGCUUUUGAUGUGAAGCUCUAG